UUUUGGUUCCGGAGGGUCAUUGGUUAUGGUGCUACCGGAGUGGUUGUCCCUGGAAAUUUGCCAAUAGGCUGUUUACCAAUCUAUCUUGCAAUAUUCCAGACCAACAAUUCUGCUGCUUAUGACGAAUUUCACUGCCUAAAGGAAUUGAAUAGUUUCUCAAUGUAUCACAAUGAUCAACUCAAACAAGCUCUUGAAGAUUUGAGAAAAGAAAAUCCUAACGUUAUUGUAGUAUAUGGUGAUUAUUACAAUGCUUUCCAAUCGGUUUACCGUAAUGCUCUACUUCUUGGAUUUGAUUUUGAAUCUAUGCAAAAACCAUGCUGUGGUGCUGGAGGUGAUAAUGACUUUAGCUUGACAAAAGCUUGUGGAGAUCCGGAUGCACCUGUUUGUCCAAAUCCAGAUGAACGCAUCAGCUGGAUGGGCUUCAUUUGACACAACAGGCGUACCAGUAUAUGGCUAACUGGCUCAUCCAUGACAUCUUGCCCAACCUUCAUCGCACAUUUUAAGUUGGUUUAGUUUUGUGAGGCUGGAGUAUAGUAAGUAGAAAAGUUCUACUUAUAUGGUUCUUUUAGAGAGUUUUAUUAUUUCGAGUUCUGUUUGUUUGAGUAACAAUUAAGCUUUAAUGUGUAGUAAUACCAAAUUCACUUUGAGCAUUACUGUAAUAAAACAAGGAAAUUAA